GAUUGGGCCAGAUCAAAGCGAACUGAGCAGGGAGGCGUUGGUUGUCUGCUGUGCAGCCUUAGCCUUUCCCAACGGCAAAGUGGAUAGUUUCUGACGAGAGAGCUGAGUGACUAGACCUCGCGGAGGCCAUGGCCAUGGACUACUGGGACGCCGGGACCGGCUUCCAGCACAGAGAGGUGGUGGAUUUCAUCAACGAAGAGGUGCGUGAUAAUGGUGGCGGGCCGGACUCCUAUGUGGCCUUCCGCUCGCGGUCCUGGAACGAAGUGGAGGACUGGCUGGUGACCGUGGUAACCGACCAGCGGGUGCCGCGUGCACUCCAGCGCGCAUGCACCUGGAGCGCACUGGCCCUUAGUGUCCGCGUGGGCGCCCGUGAGCGCGAGCUGCAGGCGCGAGGGGUCCGCAGGCUGCAAGAGCAGCUGGAGGAGCAUGAAGUGGUUUUGUGUGCCCUAGGCUCCGAGCUGCAGCAGCUUAAACAGGAGCGUGAUGAGGUGGCAGCGCAGCUAUACUCCACAAGGGCCACCCUGCAGCAAGUGGGGACUGACUGUGAUAUGCUCCAAGGGCAACUGCUCCAGGCUCAGAAGUCAGCCCAAGCUACCCAUCUGGCUCAUGAAGUGCCUCCUGGGCUUCCAGGGCAGCCACCUGGCUCUGUGACAUGGCUUCCGAAUUCAGCACAGCCAGGGUAUGUGGCAGGUGUGGGGAUGAAUGGCGGACUGUUUUUUGAGACCUUGAUGCCAGUCCCAGCAGCCAUACUUUAUGUGCCGGCUCCCAGGAUCCUGUGGGCUCAGCAUAAGCAGCCCUCUUUCCAUGUACCGGUGCCAUACCUACUUCCGAUGCAGCCAGCAUUCCCAUUGGGAUUCCCAUAUUUGCCAACAAAUAUUCUAUUUUUGCCAUCUAUUCUAGUCCCAAUUUCUGUAUCACCUCUAAGAGUCUGCCUCCCUGGCCCAUCGGGAGCAGUGGGCUACCAGAAUGAUAUGGCUUCACCGUGGGACCAGAGGAGCUACAUCCAGGGUCAAGGACCUGACAUCUUGCAACAUACAGCUCCCCUGGAGGGAAUCCCAAUCCAUACUGAAGAAAGUAUCCAGACACCCCAGGGAACGGUCAUCCUUAGUGAAAGCCAGAGCCAAAGCCAGGAAGAACAUCCACAGAGGCCGCAGAGCACGGUCCCUUUUGAGAACAACUGGAACUAUGGCCACAAAGGCCCAAAGAAGACCUCAGAAAUAACACCAUUUGUGAACAGUUGGGGCUAUGGCCAGGGAGGUCCAGGGAUGACCUCAGAGAUGGCCCCCUUCAUUGACAGCUGGAGUUAUGAUCAGAAAAAUCCAGAGAGGACCUCAGAAAUAACAUCCAUGGGAGACAGCUGGAGCUGUGCUCAAGAUAGUACAGAGAGAACCACAAGGAUGACCCCUUUUGGGGAUAGUUGGCAACAUGACCAGGGAGAAGGUCAAGGCAUGCUCCUGGGAAUGUUUACCCAGAGUAACAACAAGCACCACAGUGAGGAAAGAGGUCCAGUGUGGCCCCAAGGUUGCCUAGAUGUCAGCAAGACCUAUUGCCAAGAAAAACAUCUACAGAGUCUCCAGGGGACAUCUGCACUGGGAUUUAGCAAAAACUAUAACCAGAUAGCUGAUUCUGACAGAUCCCAGGGGAUGUUACCCCUGUGGAGCAAUAGGAGCCAAUGUCUUGAAGAAGAAGAUCUGGAAGGACUCCAGGCAACUUUCCCGGGGUACAACUGGAUUGACAGUGUGAAAGAAAACUCAAAGAAACAACACGUUCAACAGCAGAAGACUACCCAACUAGAAAGAACCUCAGAAUCCCAGAACCAGGAGAAGUUUGCCUUAAACUGCAAUUUAUUUAAUUGGGUCUGUCCAUCGUGUAAGACAUUGAAUUUUUCAUUUUAUAUAGCCUGCUCUAAAUGCAAGGAAGUCUGUAUGGAUAUUGAUAAUGGAGACCCAAUCCCAGAACAAAUUUGGUGA